GUGGGGGAGGUGGUGGAUGGAUGUGGGGAAGGGGUGGUAGGAAGCGACUCCGCUCCCGAUCUCUAGUGGGGAGUCGGGUGUAAUGGAUGGUGCGAUGUACGUGAGGGUAACGUUGAUCCUGGUGAGGGAGGGAGACAAGGUAAUCAGGAUAGAUAGUGCACAGGGUGCGAGGGAUCGCGGCACGAAGAUCCGCAUACCCUUCGCACGAGGGGAUUACGCCCGAGAUUGUACAAUAUAUUUCUAUAUUGUUGUAAUCUCGCCAUGCCGCGCUGAAGAGGAGGACGUGGAUGGGAAAGUUGGUUACGAUGGAUUGAGUGGAGGCGUGCGGGAAGAUUGUGACACCAAGACGGGUAGAGUAGAGUUGGUGGAAGAGGGAAUGGGGAAAAGGAUGCCAGCUGGAGGGAAACGGGGGCCGUCCUGCGAUUUGGUGGAUGGCGAGGUAAUCAAGGGGACGACGGGAUAACGACCGGGGACGAAGCCCGAGUGCCCGCAUCU